AUGUUACUUCUUUUUCAAUGUUCAUUCUAUAAUUCUUUCUUCGUCUUUCUUUUUUAUUUCAUUUUUCACCUUUUUUUUCCCUUUUACUUUUCUUAUGUCUUCUUCGUUGCUUGCAUAUUUCGAAAUUCCUCCUUUUCGUAUGUUCCUUCUUUUUCAAUUUUUUCCCAUGUAUUCUUCGUCAUUUGUAUUUUUAAAAUUCCUCCUUCUUGUAUGUUCCUGCUUUUUCAGUGUUCAUUUAUAAUUCCUUCUUUGUCUUUUUUCUUUCAUUUUUCAUCAUUUUUCAUUUUUCCUUUUUUUUUUUUUCUUCCUUUUUUCUGUCUACUUUUUGUCUUCCUUCCUUUCUUUCUUUGUUUUUUCUUUCUGUCUUUCUGUUUUUCUUUGUUUUUUCUUUCUUUCAUCCUUUCUUUGUUCUUUCUUUCUGUCCUUCUCUCUUUAUUUCUUUUUUCUUUGUUUUUUUCUUUCUUUCAUCCUUUCUUUGUUUUUCUUUCUUUCUGUCCUUCUAUCUUUCUUUCUUUCUUUCUUUCUUAA